GGAUCUUCCAUUUCCAUUAAGUGUCACUUGAUUUGUUUAAUCUGUUGGAGAACGAACAAUCCUCACCCUCCUAUAUACUCUACAGUUUUGGACCAUGGUCAGCAUUGCUGAAGUUGUUAUAAUCUUACAUGAUUUGGGAGAUAGCCAUUUCACUGUGACAACAUUGCACUGGGUGCCUGCCAAUUGAACUUAACUAAUAAAACAUUAUUUCACUCUGGGGAUCACAUAAAUACAUGUCUUGUACAAAUAUCCUGAGUCACAGUCCCCAAGAGGAUAUGUGUGUGUCCAAUCACUAAGUAUAAAUGAGACCUACAAGAAACUAAACAUCAAAGUACCUUUCUAGGAUUAGUCUAACAGUCUAUAAAAGUUUAAACAGCUAUGAACCUAUUAAAUAUUUUAAGCGCAGCUGCAUGACUACUUGAAAGAACCUCCAUUAAAUCCAACAGAAUAGUUUCUACAAAAUGGCUGAGAGUCCAACCACUCCUGAAGUGCGCCAGGGCCUAGAGAGAAAAUACAGUAUGAGUAGUCAUAUGUAUAAAAGAGAGCCAAGCAAAAGAGUGUUUGUAAAUAGAAGUCUGAUGCUUGAAAAGGUCAGAUUUUUUGGUUUUGACAUGGACUACACGCUUGCUAUGUACAAGUCCCCUGAGUAUGAGACACUAGGCUUCAACCAUCUGAAACAACGCUUGGUGAACAUGGGCUAUCCAGAGGCCAUCAUUGACUUUGAAUACGACCCAAGCUUCCCGAUCAGAGGUCUCUGGUUUGACACCUACUGCGGGACAUUGCUGAAGGUGGACGGAUUUGGCAACAUUCUCGUUUGUCUCAAAGGGUUCCAGUUUCUAAGAUCAGCCGACAUUAGAGUUCUGUACCCAACAAUGUUUGUUCAGAUGGAUGAAACCAGGUUCAGGAUAUUCAACACAUUAUAUGAGCUUCCACUCAUCUACAUCCUGGCCUGCUUGAUUGACUAUUUCAACAACAAUACUGAAUAUAACCAGACAAGGCUUGGAGUUAGGGCUGGGGAUGUCACCAUGACCUACGAGUCCAUCUACAAUGAUGUGAAUGCAGCCAUGGAAUACGUCCAUGCUGGAGAUGGGCCACUGAAAGCUGACACUGUGAAAAAUGUCAACAAAUAUAUUGUCCAAGAUGAAAGACUGCCUGUACUUUUGUCAAGGCUGCGUGAGAAUGGCAAGAAAGUGUUCCUUGCUACAAACAGUGACUAUAAAUAUACAAAUAAAGUCAUGAACUACUUAUUUGACACUGGAUCGAACCCAGACAAGAAAUGCUGGACUUCUUUUUUUGAUUUUAUUGUGGUGGAUGCCAAGAAGCCACUCUUCUUUUUGCAAGGGACAUUACUCAGGGAAGUAAACAAGACAACUGGAGGUCUACAUUUGGGAACAUUUACUGGAAAAAUUAAACAAAAUGCCAUUUAUUCUGGUGGCUCUGUGGAAGUCUUCAAUGAGCUAAUGGGAGCCAAUGAGAGCCUGUCUGAAGUACUUUAUGUUGGUGACCACAUAUUUGGAGACAUCCUCAAGUCUAAGAAAGCCCUUGGCUGGAGGACAUUUCUUGUUGUACCAGAAAUGGUGCAGGAGCUAGGGGUCUGGACAGAAAAGAGUUAUCUGUUUUCCAAGCUGUCUGAAUAUGAUUAUGAAAUAGCAGAGGUCUAUAGAAACCUAGACAGCAGUCACACUGGUAAACCAGAUAUUUCCCAAAUCCAGGCAGACAUUAGAGCUGUCACACAUGAAAUGGACCAGGCUUAUGGAACUUUGGGAAGUGUCUUCCGUAGUGGAAGUCGCCAGACAUUUUUUGCCACUCAAGUCAUGCGCUAUGCAGAUCUGUAUGCUGCUUCCUUUAUGAACAUGUUGUACUAUCCCUUCACUUACUGUUUCAGAGCUCCUCCAAUGCAUAUGCCACAUGAGUCUACAGUGGACCAUGAAGCUCGACUAAGUGAAGAACAGUUCCGUAAGAUCAGUUUGGCCUGGAGAGCACGAGCAAGCAUCCCACUUACUCCCAAAGAUACGUCUGUCAAGCCUCCGAUAGUUCGAGCUGAUAGCACAGUGCCCAGACUGUACUGUGAGACUCCUGAUCAGCUGACCGAAGUUGGAGAUGAAUUCUUGGCUGAACAUUCCUCAGUAUCAGACUUUGACCAGUAAGAUCACAGAGCCAUGACUAAGUCUGACAUUGUAUUCUUAGAUUUAACACUGCACUGAUGUAGCUCCAUUUACCCUUUGCUUGACUUUAGAUAGUUCCCUUGAUAUAUUUAUCAUUAUAUUUGUUGUAGCUAACAUUUACUUUGUUAAGAACUGUCCACUGCUGACUAUGCUAGGCAGAAAACAUUUCUAUUGAUAUACUGUGUUCAUCCUGAACUGCUUUAGUGGAUGCCACAUUUCCUAUUACCUUUAUAUUCAUCUCAGGAUUGGAUGCUGUCUAAUCCUUCAACCAGUUUUUGAAACACUUUCUAUCCAAAACAUUACAAAACUAGUGUGACUGACGGAAGAAGGAAGAAGUCCAUUCCUACAUUUUGUGUUGCCACAUUUGAAUACUGUGAAAUAGUUCAUGCCAACUAUAAUUACCCAAAUUUUUUUUUUAUGUCAGCAAAAGUUUUUUUUAACUAGAUGUAACUGUAAUUUGCUAAUCUGUUUAAAAUUAUUUUAUUAGUGAAUUACCUACUAACUGUUUAAUUUAGAUGUAUUUAUAGUGUAAUUUAUCAUACCUCAUAACAUUUAUCAAGUCAACCUGACAUAGUCAUUAACUUAUUUAUAUAUUUGGGAAGUUUUAACAUUUCAUAUAAAACAAAGUAUACAGGUAGUUAUAUCUGAUGAAGCUUUAACAAUUCAAUUCUCCAAUUGUUGUUGAGCUAUUGAUAGAGCUCCUUGGUAAUAAUUCUGAUCUAGAAGUGUUCAUUUUGUUUCUGUAUCAAGUCAAGUGUUAACCUCAUAAGCAAAGUCAUUCCGUUUUGUUUGUUGUUAGCUAAAUCUUAAUACUACACAUAUCUUGUUGUUUUAAAAUGUCAACAAUUUAUAUAGCAGAGAUUCAUUUUUAUAAAACUAUAAUUUAAAUAAUUGCCUUUGAAUUUUUUUCUCAUUGCUUUCAAUUCAUUGAAAUAAGAUUUGUUCCUUCUUAUUGAGCUAAAUGUACAUUGUGUUCUUCUGUUUCAACAUAUUGGCUUUAAAAAUUGGAACUAUUUUUUAUAUUUGUUUCAUUGAAAGCAGUGAAGAUUUGUUGGUUUACAUUGAAGUCAUUGUUGUAUAUUUGCCAAAGCAAGAGUUUUUCUUAUAUGCAAACAUUUUGGAGUGUUGUACUUAAUGACUUAUUUUUCAAGCUGAACAAAUUUGUAUAGAGCAAAAAUUUGUUUUAAAAGAUUUAUGCUUUUUUUUUUUUUUCUAGUUCUUUACUGUUAUACAAAAUUUUGUUUUUUAAAGACCAAUGAUAUUAAUCUGUAGCUCUGAUAUUUUUACAGAUUCAAAAUGAACCAAUAACACAAAUACUUAAAUAGCUAACAUUCACCUCUCCCCACUUUUGUAGAAAAUAUUUAUUUAAAAAUGUGUGCAUGCCUGACAGAACCUUUUAUUUUUUAAAUAUCAUGAAUCUCUUAUGCCUUGCUUGUUGGGUUUAUUUAGACCAUGAGAUUACUGCUAGGGUUAUAUACAGGUGAUAGCAAUAGUGACACCAUGUGAUAUUCUAUAAUUAUUAUUUUUUAAAGCUAAGCAACUUUUUUACCUUUAUUUUGUAGCAGCUUUGUAGGAGGAUUCAUUUUUACCCUUUCUAACUUGUGCUAUUGUGUUAAUGCUCUAUUUGUCAACUCUAUGCCCUGCUUAUGUCUUGUACUUUUUGACUCCUCAGGCCAUCUUGUGAUCCACUUCCCAUUGUCUAUUACUAGCUCCUGACUGGACAUAACCAUGUUGUCAUAGAAACCAUUUUUACUCUAUUUUUGAUAUACAGCAUCUUUAUAUGCAUUUGCCUUGAAUAUCAUCAUAUCCAUUGUGGCUUUUUAAAGAGUUGAUUAAUUGACUCUUUUCUUUUGUCCAACUGAUUCAACAUUUUGUUUUGUGUAAACUGUUGGUUAGUAAAGUGUCUGGAAAUGUGUGUGUGUAUGUGUAUCGUUGACACACUUUUCAAUGUGUACUUUGUAUGUAUUUUUAAAGAUCUACAACUGUUUUGGGCAUUAAGGUUGUUUUUUUUUGGCUACUGCUUAAAUUCAAAUCAUAAAAUAUUCCUAAACCAUGUUAUUGUUCAUUUCAAUGUUCUAUACCAAUAUAUUGCAUUGUAAACAAUUGACUUAUUAAAAAAUGCCUCUUUUUAUGGCAGCAAUGA